AUGGAAGCCAUCAAGAAAAAGAUGCAGAUGCUGAAGCUGGAUAAGGAAAAUGCCUUAGACCGAGCAGAACAAGCAGAGACAGAGCAGAAACAUGCCGAGGAGAGGAGCAAGCAGCUGGAAGAUGAAUUGGCUGCAAUGCAGAAAAAGCUGAAAGGCACAGAAGACGAACUGGAUAAAUACUCAGAGGCUCUGAAAGAUGCUCAGGAGAAGCUCGAAGUGGCCGAGAAGAAGGCAGCCGACGCUGAAGCUGAGGUCGCAUCCUUGAACCGCCGCAUCCAGCUGGUCGAGGAGGAACUGGACCGGGCCCAGGAACGUCUUGCGACGGCCUUGCAGAAAUUGGAGGAAGCAGAGAAGGCUGCAGAUGAGAGCGAAAGGGGCAUGAAAGUCAUUGAAAACAGAGCCCUGAAAGAUGAAGAGAAGAUGGAGCUGCAGGAGAUCCAGCUGAAAGAGGCCAAGCAUAUUGCCGAGGAAGCCGACCGGAAAUACGAGGAGGUUGCUCGUAAAUUGGUGAUCAUCGAAGGAGACCUGGAGCGUACAGAGGAAAGAGCCGAACUGGCUGAAUCUAAAUGUUCAGAGUUGGAGGAAGAGUUGAAGAACGUUACCAACAACCUCAAGUCGCUUGAGGCUCAGGCGGAGAAGUACUCUCAAAAAGAGGAUAAAUAUGAAGAGGAGAUCAAGAUUUUGACUGACAAACUCAAAGAGGCAGAGACCCGUGCUGAGUUUGCCGAGAGAUCGGUAGCCAAACUGGAGAAGACCGUUGAUGACUUGGAAGAUAAGCUGAAAUGCACCAAAGAGGAACAUCUCUGUACGCAACGGAUGUUGGACCAGACUCUGCUUGACCUGAAUGACAUGUAAAAGACCCUCUCUGCAGCCUGCAGGCUAACCAGCCUCCCCACCCCACCCCGUUUCCCACCCCACGGCCUAUGGGGCGUCUCAAGCAGCGAUUCUCUGCUGGGGCCAGCUCUUUUCUGUUUUUGGGGGGGAACCCCAACCCACCACCACAAAGCUGACCUCUAACCCUCGAAGGGGGGAGAGAAGUCAUCAGUUACAUUCCUGAUGUUUGUGGCCAACUUAGCUAAAGACCUCUGCCGAGGGGAAAUAGGCACCUGGUGCAGGGAUAUUCUUCAAGGGAGGGAGUGUCUGAAACGCGCCGUUUUAAAGUGGGACGAUAUGUGGCGGUGUGCGUUGGGGAGGGGGUAACAGCCCUCCCUUGCUGAGCAUCGCUCAUAUCGUCAAGGCUCCCGGUCACGAUAGGCCUUUAAGGCGCGCAGCUAACCUUGCUGUCUUCACGCGCUCCUGCUGUUUUGGCUCAUUAGCGUCAGCGGGGGUGGACGAUGGACCCCUUUGAUCUAUAGAAUAAUUGCAAAUCCCAUAGUGCAAACCAGCAACGCUUUCUGGCAUCUGCCCGAGAGGGAUUAACCUCUGCAAGGAAGAGCCCCCACCCCCCCAUUCCAGUUUUUGAGUGUUUAGAUUUCGCUUUCUAGUAAUGAGUUGGGCUGAGGUUUCCUUUCUCUGCUGUGUUUUUAAUCUGUGUUUUUAUAACUCUUUGUAGCCAGGGGAAACAACUAUGUCAAAAACGUAUCGGGGUGGUUUUUUUUUGGUUUUUUUAAGUUUCCUGUCCUCUAAACCCACGUUUAAACCAUUCUCAAGCCCCUUUGCUCUCUGUCUGCACUCACCCUGUUCUCUUCCAUUUCUUACACUUUGGGGAAACCACUAUAUCUGAAUAACCAACUUCUUCCCACCUGGGCUUCACUUUCUCUGUGCUUGGUGCUUCUGUUGCAUAGGGGUGUUUGUGAGGAGCGGGGCUUGAACCUUUUGGGCGCUCCUGGACGUGAGGGGUUUUUCUCCUCUAUUCUAGCCAGGAGCCGAUCGUACUGUCUUAAAGAGAAACUGGAUGUAUUGGACACCUUGAUACUCUCUGAGACUUGAUCCACCAAAGGUUGUGUUAUUUUUUUAAUGCAUCUGUGUGCAGGCCUUCUGGGUCUCAUAGGAGGAAGACGAUACGCUGCCAUGGCCAGUGUGUGUGUGGGGGGAGGAUGAGGAAAUUAUAUCAAGUGUUUUGAUACUAAAAAAAAAAAACAAACCUUGGUCUUUUAUUGUCUUUUUUUUUUUUUUGAAAUAAUAAACAAACAUUCCCUCUGUC